CUAAAAUUCUGCAGAUGGCGACACUUUUGUAACUGCCAAACACAACCGUUUAAAUUUGAAGUUGCUGGUGUACUUGUGCAUUUUUUGAUCGGAUAAAAUGAAUCCGUCGAACAAAUACACACCAAGGAACAGAAUGCAAAGGGAGAAGACCACGUUAUCAAAUCAUUCCGAUUCUGGAAAAGAUCCUGUUCGUGUUUAUUGUAGACUAAGGCCCCUCAAAGAUAAUAAGGAAUCAACAUGCAUAAAACUGCUUUCGCCUUCAGUUUUGUCCCUUACAACCCCCAUGGAAUCAAAAGGUUCCCGCAAAGAAGUCCAUUAUAAAUUCAAGCAUAUCUUCACAUCAUAUUCAGGUCAAAGGGAAAUAUUUGACCAUGUUGCUUACCCCUUAAUAGAAGAUCUGCUGAAAGGUAAAAAUGCACUAUUAUUUACAUAUGGAGUAACAGGAUCGGGUAAGACCUUCACACUUACUGGGGAUGAAAACAAUCCAGGUAUUAUGCCAAGAUGUAUAGACACGAUUUUUAAUUCAAUUGGUGAUAAUCAGGCGCCAAAAUAUGUAAUUAAAUCAGAUAAAAUGAAUGGGUUCGAGAUACAGUCAGAAACAGAGGCAUAUAGGGAUCGAAUGCAAGAAGAUAGAGCUGCAUUAAAAACACCCAAAACUCCUAGGAGGGUUAAUAGUAGUGAUAAAAUUAAUUAUGCCAAUGAUAACUUAAAAAUACUUUUGUUGAAUGAGACAAAUUUGUAUUCGGUUUUUGUGAGCUACAUUGAGAUUUACAAUAAUACAGUAUUUGAUUUGCUGGACGAAUCCAGUGGUAAAUCAUUACAAUCAAAAAUACUCAGAGAAGAUUUUAAUAAAAAUAUGUAUGUUAAUGGGGUUGUUGAAGUGGAAGUUAAAACAGCCCAAGAGGCAUUUAACAUAUUUUUUACUGGGCAAAGAAGGAAAAGAAUGGGGGAUACUAUUUUAAAUGCUGAAUCAAGCCGUAGCCACUCUAUUUUCAAUAUAAGAAUUGUCCAAUUGGAGCAACAAACCUUAAAUUAUGAUGGGCAGCCUAUGAUUCCUGAGGGUAAUCACAUGCAAAUAUCUCAAAUAAGCCUAGUUGAUUUGGCAGGUUCAGAGAGAACCAAUCGGACACAAACAACAGGGGCUAGAUUAAGAGAGGCUAGUGCUAUAAAUAACUCACUUAUGUCACUAAGGAAUUGUUUGGAAAUAUUGAGGGAAAACCAGAUGAAAAAGUCCAACAGAUUGGUACCUUACAGAGAUACAAGAUUGACGCAAUUAUUCAAGAAUUACUUUGAGGGAGAAGGUUCAGUGCAAAUGAUAAUUUGCGCAAAUCCAUCCAUAGAAGAUUUUGAGGAGAAUCUGCAGGUAAUGAAAUUUGGAGAGAUGACGCAGGACGUUAAAAUUGCCAAAUCAGAAGCUAAGUAUACUCCAAUUCAUAAGAGAACAAUUGAGAAAAAUACGGUUACCCCAAAAACAGCUUCAAAACCGAAAAAUGCCACCUUCACUUUACUUCCAGAGGUGCCUGCAAUGAAAUUCAACUUCGAGAACAUCGAAGAUUGCGGCAUACAAAUCGAUAAACUCGUGAGAAUUUUAAAGCUACGGAAAAAUAAGUCGGUUAAUGUAAACCGAGAAUCCGAGAUAAAAAUCAAGGAGUUUAGAAAUCGCCUUCUAGAAAUGGACAAAGAUUUUGUUCUUAACAAAACCGAAAUCAAAAGUCUCAGAACAAUCAUCCAAAAAGAAAAACACAAAUCUAUAAACCUACAAACUAAAGUGGUAGAUUUGGAAACCGUCAACGAUUCUCUAGCGCACAAAUGCGGAGAAUUGGAGGACGUGGUUCGUUCUCUACAAAAUAAAAUCAGCGAAAAGGACCGCAAAAUCAACCAGAAUUGCUUGGAGAAAGAAAAGCACAAGCACCGUUUGGCGCAGCAGUCCGAAAAAACCCAAGAAUUAGACAUGAAGCUGAAAAAACAACGCGACUAUCUAAAUGCCGCCAUGAAGGCCAAAGACUACAAGCUAAAGAAAGUCAAAGAAGUACUUGAAAGUGACCUUAUCCCCCCUAUCGACAUAACCGAAAUACAGAAAGAACCAAACGUGUACAGCCACAAACUAGUACAGCAAGCUGAAAAAGAAAAUCAGACCCCGCAUAAAAGCAGAAGCACUGUUGCGACAUCUACCCCAUCUCACAGAAGACGUUCAAGGUCAGCAGGUGAAGUUUGGUUAGAGCACAACUCUAUUAAACCCGUCCCUCUGGGCACAGUACUACAACCUAGCAUGAAAAAGAGAAAAUCCGUUACUAAACUCAGCAAGGCUACAGACAUAACCAAUCCAAAGCAAAGCAAGUACUGUCUUAUUGCGCAGGAUCAAGACACAGAUGGCGAAGUUGAAACUAAAGUUUACAAAGCCGAUAUUUUGCCCACUUGCGGAGGGGGCGCUCAAGUCGUUUUUAACGAUGUAGAGCGACUUAGACAAGAAUCGCCUACCAAAUAGUUUUUUAAAGUAUUAUGUUAAAUUUACGCUUUUAGCACUUAUAUUGUAUAUAUUUAUGUUUUAAAUCUCAAUAUUAUAAUAGUUUUAAACGAAG